AGGUUCAAUCAAUUAAUACACCUGGCGGUAGUGUUGCAGUUGGAGCUACUAUUACAAUCACCUGGUCAUAUACCACACAAGCGAAUCCACUUCCGGGCACUCUAAGUGUUAUCGAAAACACGACAAAGAACACAGUUAUAAUUAGCUCUACUAUAACUCUCUCUACUCAGUCUUACCAAUGGACUGUCAAUGUUCCCGCAGGAACUUAUUACCUUGCUCUUAAUGACGGGUCUGGUGAUAAGUAUUCUGGCACUCAAGGUGCUCCGAAAUCAGCAUCUACACCUACACCUACACCAACGGCCAGUGCUGCUGCAAGUUUCACUGAAUCAAGCAUUUCUGGAUACAAACUUCUGUUUAGCCUUAUUGUAGUAGCAGCAGUAAUGGUUACAGGAUACUUUGAGAAAAGAAGAGGAAAGUUGUCAGAAAAACUUCAAGAAGGUAAUGUUGAAGUAGGAGAACUUCCAGAGGAAGAUGUGGAUGAUUUUAGUGAAAGAAUCUCUGCAGAUAAACCAAUAAUCGACUUAGAAAGUGAUUAUUUGGAUGUUGGCUUUCAGGAAGCUGAUCACAGGAUUAGAGAUAAGUUUGCUACAUAUUUUCAAGAAAAAGAUAGAGUUGAAGCAUUUUCAGUUGAUAUUUUUAUGUCUGUCUUGAGUAAAAUAGAAAAGAAAAUGGAUAGGAACUUUUCUGCUUUGCAAAAGGAUUUGGAGGAGGGAGAAUUGUUGGAUGAGGCAUGGCCAGAUAUUAAGUUGUCUAAACCAUGUGAUCAAUAUGAAUAUGAUUUUCUGGCAAAGGUAGGCAAGUGCCUAGAUAGAGCAAUUAAAGGGUUGCUAAUUCCUGCUAGGAAGAAGUUUAUUGGAAUCAGAGAGAAGAUAGAAACUCAUGCAGUUACUUUGAGAUUAGCUGAUAGUAAGGGUUGGAGAACUGCCUUGCAAAUUGUGAAAAUAAAGUAUAGUAGCAAGUCUAAAAAUAAUCAGAAGAGAGGUAAGGAUUAUUUAUUGCCAACAUUAUCUGAUUCAGAAGAAAAUGAAUUAUAUAAAAAAGAUAAAAGAAAAAAAUUCAUUCCUUUAGUAGUAGAGGAGAAUACAGUUGGCACUAAACUACUAGAGAUGCAAAAUAGGACCUUUCAAGUAGUUAUGAAUUGGUUAGCAAAUGGUGUUCCUCUUUUUUCAAAAGGCAUUUUGGUGCUUGCAGCUCAACAAGUUUCAGGUCAAUAUUCACUAUCUGUAGAGCAAAAUAAAUAA